ACUGGACAGCUCCCCAGGUGGCAUUCGGCCCCUUCCGGGUCAGAGCCGGCCAGCCGCGACCUGCCCGCAGCCAUGUGGGUCUGGGCCUUCGGACCCUUUCCGACUGGGGUGCUCCAACGUCGGGCGGAGGGCCCUACCUUCCUUCUUCCUACAGCUUACCGCCCCCGGCCCCCCGCGCCAGGGCGGGGCGGGGCAGGCUGCCCCGAGACCCCGCCUCCUCCUGCCGCCACCAGCCCCGCCUCUCCCGCUGCUGCCGGCUCCCUCCGGCCCCGCGGUGCGGUGCGCGCCUGCGCCGGCCCUCGCCUUGGAGCAGCCAUGAUGGAAGGCCUGGACGACGGCCCCGACUUCCUCUCGGAGGAGGACCGAGGACUUAAAGCAAUAAAUGUAGAUCUUCAAAGUGAUGCUGCUCUGCAAGUGGACAUUUCUGAUGCUCUUAGUGAGAGAGAUAAAGUAAAAUUCACUGUUCAUACAAAGAGUUCAUUGCCAAAUUUUAAACAAAAUGAGUUUUCUGUUGUUCGACAACAUGAGGAAUUUAUCUGGCUUCAUGAUUCCUUCGUUGAAAAUGAAGACUAUGCGGGUUACAUUAUCCCACCAGCACCACCAAGACCUGAUUUUGAUGCUUCAAGGGAAAAACUGCAGAAGCUUGGAGAAGGAGAAGGGUCCAUGACUAAGGAAGAAUUCACAAAGAUGAAACAGGAACUGGAAGCUGAAUAUUUGGCAAUAUUCAAGAAGACUGUUGCAAUGCAUGAAGUGUUCCUAUGUCGUGUGGCAGCACAUCCUAUUUUGAGAAAAGAUUUAAAUUUUCAUGUCUUCUUGGAAUAUAAUCAAGAUCUGAGUGUGAGAGGAAAAAAUAAAAAAGAGAAACUUGAAGAUUUCUUUAAAAACAUGGUAAAAUCAGCAGAUGGAGUAAUUGUUUCAGGCGUAAAGGAUGUAGAUGAUUUCUUUGAGCAUGAACGAACAUUCCUUUUAGAAUAUCAUAACCGAGUUAAGGAUGCAUCUGCUAAAUCUGAUAGGAUGACAAGAUCCCACAAAAGUAAGGUUUUUCUCUGCGGCUAAAGCUUACAUUUUUUAAUGGAAUAAUUAUAAAGCUAUUAUGUUACUUAUAGUUUAUAAAAGUCUGCUAUAG